AGCUGCCUGGUAUGCCGCCAGCGCAAAGUGGCCUGCAACCGUCGGCGGCCGAAAUGCGGCCUGUGUGCCAAGAAUAACCUGGAGUGCCAGUAUGUGUCCAGGGACCGCCGCCCGGGGCUGCGGGCGGGAUUCGUGUCGCUGUUGGAGCAGCGGCUUGGUGAGUUUAACAAGGAGAGACCUGGAAGAGAAUGA